UCUCAUAGCAAAAAUCAAUGGCGUGGCCAAAGAUAUCUCAAUAAAUUCUGAUGUUCUUGAUGGGAGAUUCAGAGACAGACUGCAGUUAAAUCAUCAGACUUGAGAUCUCACCAUCACGGACACCACAUCUCAACACACUGGACUUUAUCACAUGAUCAUCGGCGGCAGACAGAAGAUCUCAUACAUAUACAAUGUUACUGUUUAUGGUGUGUUUGAUGAUACAGAUGAAGUGAAGUCAGUGUCAGUGAUGGAGGAAGAUUCUGUUACUCUACACACUCAUCUUACUAAAAUACAGAAAAAUGAUGUGAUACUGUGGAGGUUUGGACUUCAAAAGUCUCUUAUAGCAAGAAUCAAUGGAGUAUCCAGUGAGGCCUCAAUAUAUGAUGAUGUUCUUGAUGGCAGAUUCAGAGACAGACUGCAGGUGAAUGAUGAGACUGGAGAUCUCAUCAUCAGGGACACCAAAACCAAAGACUCUGGACUUUAUGAAAUGAUCUUUAACAGUGCUAAAGAAAGUUCAUACAGAUUCAAUGUUACUGUCUAUGGUGUGUUUGGUGAUAAAGUGAAGUCAGUAUCAGUGAUGGAGGGAGAUUCUGUUACUCUACAAAGUUAUAUUACUAAACUACAGACAGAUGAUCUGAUACUGUGGAGGUUUGGAGCUACAAAUUCUCUCAUAGCUACAAUCAAUAAAGAGGCCAACAAGAUCUCAAUAUUUGAUGAUGUUCUUGAUGGGAGAUUCAGAGACAGACUGCAGGUGAAUAAUCAGACUGGAGAUCUCAUCAUCACAAACAUCACAACUCAACACAUUGGACUUUAUAAUAUAAUCAUCAGUGGCAAGCAGAAGAUCUCAUACAGAGUCAAUGUUAUUGUCUAUGAUUUUUUGCCCGUUCCUGUCAUCACCAGAGACUCUUCACAAUGUUCUUUAUCAUCAUCAAGCUCAAAUUGUUCAUUAUUGUGUUCAGUGAUGAAUGUGAGAGAUGUGAGUCUGUCCUGGUACAAAGGAAACCGUUUAUUGUCCAGCAUCAGUGUGACUUAUCUCAACAUCAGACUCUCUCUACCUCUGGAGGUUGAAUAUCAGACUAACAACACAUACAGCUGUGUGGUGAACAAUGCCAUUAAAAAUCGAACUCAACAUCUCAACAUCACUCAACUCUGUCAGACGUACUGCGUUUGCUGUUGUUAUGAUUUUGAAGCUGUGAUCCGAUUGGUUGUCUCUGCUCUGGUGGGUGUGGCUGCGGUUGCCAUUUUGAUUUAUGACAUCAGAUCAAACAGAGUUGAACCGAAGAAAAGAUCACCAUCAGACUAUUAG